UUUAUAUUAGUGUGCAAAAAUUUAUAUAGAAGCUGCCUCAGCUUAAUUCUUGCCUCAGUCAUAAUGUGGCGCUUGAUCAUCCUCGUUGCUGUUUUAGUGACAGUUACAUUAUCUGACUGUAAUAUCAAACGUCGGUCAACGACAAGUGGAGAUGAUGGACAUUAUUGCGUUUGCAAUGCACAGCAAUGCGAUCAAACACCGGAUGUGAUCAAGCCGACCAAUCUCGAUGAAUAUACCUUGAUAACUUCAAAUAAAAAUGGUUUACGAUUUCGUGAAUCGAAGGGUAUAUUUAAAAAUGUUAAUUCUGAUUACUGUCAGCUAGGAAAGAUUACUGUAAAUCAAACGGACAUGUAUCAAAAAAUCUUUGGAUUUGGAGGAGCAAUGACCGAUUCAGCGGCCAUAAAUAUUCUGAAUCUAACGCAUAACACGUCCGAUAAUUUGCUAAAAAGCUACUUCGGCCCGCAUGGGAUCAAUUAUAACUUUAUUAGAAUGCCUAUGGGUGGUACGGAUUUCUCAACAAGACCUUAUACUUACGCGAUGAUAGAAAAUGACGUUUUACUUUCCGAUUUCGAUUUGCAACCAGAAGAUUAUAAUUAUAAGAUACCGCUGACAAAGCGAGCGCAAGAAUUAAAAGAAAAUGAAAUCAAGUUAUUGACUGUACCAUGGACUGCCAGUCCCUGGAUGAAAACAAAAUACAGUUGGACAAGCAAUGCUAAAUUACGCCCAGAAUAUCGACAAUUGUGGGCAAAUUACUUUGUAAAAUAUUUUGAAGCUUAUCGUAAUGCUGGAUUGGAAUUCUGGGGUGUGUCAUCUCAGAAUGAACCAGUCAGUUACCUCUAUGCACCGAAUAUAAACGGAAUGGUAUGGACUGCUGAGGAAGAGCGUGACUGGAUUAUCGAGUAUUUGUCACCAACCCUAAAAAAAAAUGGCUUCGAGCACAUAAAGAUCUUUAUAAUGGAAGAAAACAGGCUGACACUUCCCGAUUGGCCGAAAAAAGUAUUUAAGGAUCAAAGAGUAAGAGAUAUCGUUUCCGGAGUUACAGUUCAUUUUUACUUCGAUAAAAAAGUCAGAUCGCAUACGUUAACGGAAAUAAAACGAAAUUUUCCAGAGAAAUUAAUAAUGUACACAGAAGCUUGCACUGGAGUUGAUAAAGAAAACGGAGUAAUCCUAGGUUCAUGGAUACGUGGUGAGGUAUAUGCGAAAAACAUUAUCGAAAAUAUGCGGCACUGGGUAUCUUCUUGGAUCGAUUGGAACAUAGCUUUAGAUAUGACUGGUGGACCAAAUUGGGUCAAUAAUUUCGUUGAUUCACCUAUAAUAGUCAACAACAAACGUGAUGAAUUCUAUAAACAACCAAUGUUCUACGCUCUUGGACAUUUUUCGAAAUAUGUUCCACCUAAUAGUAAAAGGAUCGGUUCAACAAUGGGAAAUAUGAAAGGAAUUAAAAAUGUUGCGUUUUCCACACCAGACGGUGGUGUCGCACUAAUAAUCUUAAAUCUGAACGAAGAGGAGAAAGCAAUUCUAAUCGAAGAUCCGAAGAAAGGAACAACGACAAUAAAUGUUUCUGGAAGAUCCAUUAAUACAAUAAAAUAUUGGAACAUAUAAUAAGAAUAUAAAUCCGUAGUGUCGAUAGAUAUAUGUAUAUAUGUAUAUAUGCGCGCGCAAGGC